AUGGGAUUCAUCCGAGAGAGCCUCAGCCCAUGUGCCAUUCCGGCUCUACUUACUUCUAAGAAGGAUGGUUCUUGGAGGAUGUGCAUGGACAGCAGGACAAUCAACAAGAUUACAGUGAAGUACCAUUUUUUGAUCCCGCAGCUUGACGACAUGCUGGAUUUGUUGCAUAAAGCCAUCAUCUUCUUGAAGUUGGACCUUCGAAGUGGCUACCACCAGAUCAAAAUCAGACUUGGGGAUGAGUGGAAAACAACGUUCAAGACCAAGGAUGGACUCUUCGAAUGGAUGGUUAUGCCCUUUCGUCUCUCUAAUGCGCCAAACACCUUCAUGCGAGUCAUGAAUCAAGUGCUGAAACCGUACAUUGGGCGCUUUGUAGUUGUUUAUUUUGAUGACAUAUUGAUUUUCAGUCACAGCCGUGUAGAACAUCAGCAACAUCUUCACCACGUGCUUCACACCCUCAGAUCAGAAAAGCUUUAUAUCAACUUGAAGAAGUGCUUCUUUGCCGAGCCACAAGUUUCCUUCCUUGGUUUCAUAAUUUCAGCUAAUGGAGUCUCUGCUGAUCCAGAAAAGUUUAAAGUCUUCAAGAGUGGCCUAUACUCCACAACAUUCAUGAGCAAGAAGCUCGAUGACGCCAAGCUUCGAUACUCCACAUACGACAUCGAGUUCUAUGCUGUGGUCCAGACCCUUCAACUCGUCAUGUACACUGACCACAAUUCUCUGAAGCACAUCAACUCCCAAAAGAAGUUGACUGCACGACAUGCCAGAUGGAUCAAGGUGUUGCAGCAGUUUACGUUCGUGCUGAAACAUAGGCCGGAUGCAGAGAACCAUGUCGCUGAUGCUCUCAGUCAAAAGUCACAUAUCCUAACUCUAUUGAAAGCUGAGGUAAUAGGAUUUGAUGAUCUGAAAAUUUUAUACCCUACUGAUGCCCAAUUUCAGUCCAUAUUUGCGGAGGUUUCAGCAGGAGACCGGCGACAGCAUCAAAAAUUUUCAAUCCAUGAUGGUUUCCUCUUUCGUGGCACUCGUCUUUGUGUCCCGGAGUUAUCACUUCGAGAUCACAUCAUUAGAGGUGUUUAUGGUGGAGGCCUUGCUGGACAUUUUGGCCGUGAUAAGACUAUCAGCAUGAUAGAGGAUUAA